GAGAAUUAAACAGCGAUGGAAACUAAGCUGAUUUCCAGCGAUGCAGAUGGGGCCAUUCACAGGGCGGGACGCUUCAGGGUGGAGAACGGCUCAUUAGAUGAGGCUUCAGACUACACUCCAGGAACAUGGAGGAGAACGGACGUCCAUCUGGAAAAUCCAGAGUACCACACCAGAUGGUACUUUAAGUACUUCUUGGGAAAAGUCCACCAGAACUACGUGGGCACAGAUGCCGAGAAAAACCCUUUCUACCUGUCGGUCGUCCUCUCGGACCAGAACAACCAGCGGGUCCCUCAGUACCGGGCCAUUCUCUGGAGGAAAACGGGAACUUUGAAGAUCAGCCUCCCUUACAGUCCGACUAAAACACUAUCAGUCAAGUCCAUCUUAAGUGCAAUGAACAUGGACAGGUUUGAGAAAGGCCCCAGGGAGAUCCUCAACCCAGAGAUUCAGAAGGACCUGCUGGUGUUGGAGGAACAGGAGGGUUCAGUCAAUUUUAAAUUUGGUGUGCUGUUUGCCAGAGACGGACAGCUCACAGACGACGAGAUGUUUAGCAACGAGACGGGGAGCGAGAACUUCGACAAGUUCCUCAAUUUGCUGGGUGAUACCGUCACGCUGCAGGGAUGGGCAGGCUAUCGAGGAGGGCUCGACACCAAGAACGACACUACAGGACUUCAGUCCAUCUACACGGUGUAUCAAGGCCACGAGCUCAUGUUCCACGUCUCCACCAUGUUGCCCUACUCCAAGGAGAACAAGCAGCAGGUGGAGAGGAAGAGGCACAUCGGAAACGACAUCGUCACCAUCGUAUUUCAGGAAGGGGACGACGCGUCGUCGUCCUUCAAACCAUCUAUGAUCCGAUCACACUUCACCCAUAUUUUUGCUUUAGUCAGGUAUAAUAGCCAGAAUGACAGUUACAGGUUGAAGAUUUUCUCGGAGGAGAGCGUUCCACUGUUUGGACCCCCUCUCCCAUCUCCGCCUGUAUUUACUGACCACCACGAAUUCAGGGACUUUUUAUUAGUCAAAUUAAUCAAUGGAGAGAAAGCCACACUGGAGACGCCAACAUUUGCCCAGAAACGCCAGCGGACCCUCGACAUGCUGAUCCGCUCGCUCUACCAAGACCUCAUGCCUGACCUGCACAAGGUUCCCUUUUCUCCCCAGAACAUGUUGAACCGGAGGUCGUUCAGCGACGUGCUGCCCGAGUCUCCGAAGUCGGCGCGUAAGAAGGAGGAGGCCCGGCAGGCCGAGUUUGUCAGGAUAGGGCAGGCUCUGAAGCUGAAGACCAUCGUGAGAGGAGACGCGCCGACGAGCCUUGUUACCACAGGCCUGUGCAGAAAAGAGCCAUGGGAAUCUCAGUCCUUCUGCAGCACGUUCCCGUAUGAGAUCAUCUGCGCCGACUCGUGGGGUCAGUCUCUGCUGGUGGCCACCGACACGGCGGGGGUCUUGAUGCUGGAUGGCCCCGACCCGCCGCUGCCCGGUGCUGAGACGCCGACGCUUCCCCCGGUGCAGGUGUUUGACAAAACCAUGGCAGUGAAGCAGAUGCACAUUCUGGAGCCUCAGGACCUUCUGAUUACCCGGGCAGACAAAGGAAAGGACGCUCGGCUGUACGUGUUCAGACUCAGCGGCAUCAAGAGAGGCCUGGAGGAGCGACAGCUGGUCAGGAGCAAGUGUGACUGCAGGGAGAACAAACUGGAGAAAACUAAAGGUUGUCAUUUGUACUCUAUCAACACCCACCACGGCUCCGAGCUGAGAAUAGUAGCAGCCAUCAGAACCAAACUCCUCCUAAUUACCAGGAAGCAUCCGCGGUUCAGCGCCGUCGCCACGGGAGCAGACUCCCCGGUGGAGGAGUUUCAGUACAUACGGGAAAUCUGUCUGUGUGACCCGCCUGUGGUGAUGGCGCUGGUAGACGGCCCGACCGGGGAGAACGACAACAUGAUAUGCGUGGCUUACAAACACCAGUUCGACCUGAUCAAUGAGAGCACCGGGGAUGCCUAUCGACUUCAUCACGUCGACGCCAACAGGGUAAACUUUGUAGCAGCCAUUGAUGUGUAUGAAGACGGCGAGGCAGGCCUCCUCUUGUGUUACAACUAUAUUUGUUACUAUAAGAAAGUUUGCCCCUUUAAUGGCUCCACACCAAUGAUCCAGUCCAACACCUCCGAUUUCCACUUCAGCUGGAACCAGAUGCCCAACGCUAUCGUUUGCGCUUUUCCCUACAUCCUCGCCUUCACAACGGAUUCCAUUGAGAUCCGACUGGUGGUCAAUGGAAACCUUGUGUACACAGCAGUGGUCCCGGAGCUGCAGCUGGCUGCCUCGAGGUCGGACAUCUAUUUUGUCUCGUCGGCGCCGGUGAGCUCAGCCUCCAACUGCAGUUCCAGAGACACCAGCUCUCAGAGCUCCCCCCAGACGCCCACAGGCUACGAGAUGCCCGUAUUUCCUUCACCGCUCGGAGAUGAUUCAAUACGGAUCCCCUAUGGUACCAAGCUUUCCCUGUACUUGUCUAAGGACGCUGAAGGUGAAGCGACAUUUAAGCACAUCUUCAAGAUUCCUCUGUGCAACCUGGUGGGCCGCAGCAUCGAAAGGCCCCUGAAGUCCCCUCUGGUCAACAAAGUGAUGACCGCCCCCGCCGUGAUGGUGCCCACUCCUCUUAUCUCCGCCACACACUCACUGUCCCUGUCCCGCAUGGAGAUCAAGGAGAUAGCCAGCCGCACGCGGAAGGAGCUGCUGGGCCUGACCGAGGAGCCGAGCGGGAAGUCGGACAGCGGGUCAGUCAAACAGAGGAAGAUGAGCAAAAAGAACACUGACGAGGAUCCCAAAGCUCGAGCGCUGACGUCAACAAACAGUGACAGCAGGUUAGCCUCAGACUCAGUGGACGCGGAGCUGGACGUCCAGCUGCACUGCUCGUCCGCCUUGGAGGCCGAUCCGGAGAUGGUGGUGCUGCAGGAGGGCAGUCCGCCUCUCGCCAGCGCGUUUGCCUUCUCCACGUCCUUCGGAGACGAUGUCCUGGACCUAAAGUGAAGACAAUCCUGUUGUGCACUUCUCUCCUCCCAUACCUUUGUGCUGUCACAGUCAUUUUGUUCUUUUUUUUUUUGUUUUUGCCUUUUAAAUUAGUUUCUUGAAAUAUAUCCCUGCCUUCUAGUAUCCUGUGUCUCUCCAUCCAUCCAUCAGGGUAUUGGAGGGAGAAACGAAAACAUGUCUCAGCUCAUGUUUACCGUGCGUCACUGCAUCAGGUGUUUUGUGUGGCCCUGCGGCUGAUGACCCAAAAAAAAAAAAAGAAAAAAAACGCUGUGAGGUUCUGCGAGAUGCCCGGGUGUGUUCCAGCAUCUACAGUAGCUUUGAGAGACGGGCAAACUGAACGUAGAUCCGCAAACAUCUGUGCAUCUGAACGCGGUUCCCUCUAAAGCCGCCGACUCCGUGUUGUACAUUAUUUCAGAUCCGCUUGCAAAUGUUGUAUGACACCGCUCCGCUCUGUAUGUGUACAUCUGUUUAUACACCAAACUGCACACAGUGCCAGGCACACCUGUCUGAUCUGUUUAUACAUAUUUAUAGAUAUAUUAUAUAUAAAAAAAAAAAAUCAAUUUUGCUCCAGCCUUCAGUGAUAUUAUGUUUUGUUUAUUGUUUGUUUGCUUUUUGCUCUCUGCACCGAUCCUCACUCACCACUAAACAGGUAGACAGGGCAGGAGGUAAAAAAUCUCCCUUAAGUGCCAUUUCCCAGCAUCCACCACUGAUCCACUCACAAUAAUCACGGCAUCGUGGCGUCCGACUGUGGCAGCCGUCGCUGCAGUCCACAUCACACGAGUUUGUUUACUGCCGAAGAAAUCCCCGACACUAAGGCCAGCGUGGCUGACGAAGUACACAAACGACAGAAAUGAGACACAUCUGUUGUGUGCUGCAUGGUUGAUUAAAAUUUGAGUAAAGCUUUAGUAGGAAAUGAAAUAAUUCAAGUAGGUUUAAAUUAUAAGGCAAGACUUUUUUUUUCUUUUUUUUUUUUACUAAUUUUAACCAUCAUAUGUUUCUCUCUGUAACAUUAUCCAGAAGCUUUUCUGGACUUUUCAGAAAAGGGUCCAAUAUGCACGCUUUCUCUACUUGUUUUCGUUUGCCCUUAUAGAGAUAAUCCACCUAAUACGAAACAUUAAACAACCCUAAAUGAGAGACAUUUGCGAAAUACCUUCAUCCUCACAUUUGUCCCUUCUUUCCAACUCUCCACCUCUGCUUCUUGAAUUCCGACCUCCCCGAGAGACGGAUUCACAGGACCUUGCAAAAGUAUUCCUACCCAUUAAACUUUUUAAAAGUUAGAAUCACAAAAUUCUAUUUAUUUUAUUGGGAGUUUUAAGUAGCAGACCAAUACAAAAUAGCUUAUUGUUAGGAAAUACAAAGAAAGUUAUGCGUAGUGAUCGAAAUGGUGAGCAAAUGAAAAUUGGAAAUGCGUCCAUGUUGGAACGUGUGUCUAUCGAUUCGGUUCAUUUAUGUUACACCGGAUGACAACAGAUGUCUCAAAGCACCUCGACCACACAGAUCAAAUUCAAAUGCAUUCAAGUCUGUCCUAGUAAUUACAGCAAAGCUUAGUUUAAUAUCCCAUUUAGUAAACUUAGUUUUCUAAUGUAACUCAGCUGACUGCAUCGAGUCACUGACUCUGCAGUAAUUUCGUCUCCAGAACAAGCGUCUGCUUCGAGUCGCUACCAGAUGACUCCUAAGGCUCAUAUUUUUCUCUAUAGUGUUUAGGAAAAUAGUUUAAACUCAGUCAGCAGUUCUUGUCACGGAUUUUCAGUUGCAUUUAGGCUUUAACUUUGACUAGACCAUUCUAACAAACGAACAUAUCUUGAUCUAAACUGUUGAAGCUUACUCUAGCUGCAUAUUUAAGGUUAUUUUCCUGCUAGACGGUGACGCUCCACUCCAGUCUCUCUUUGCAUUUAGCUUCCCAUCAACUCAGCUUUCCUGUUCCUGCUAAAGAAAGGCAUUUCAACAGUAUGAUGCUGCCACCACCAUAUUUUAAUAUGGUAACGUUGUCUUCAGGGAAAUGCGCAGAGAUAAGUUUUCCAUCUCACCAUAUCCAUUUCCAUGACCAGAGCACAUUUUCCUAUCAUUUUCUUUUCACAGUUAAAUGCUGCCUUGUGAUGGUCUAUCAGUAAAACUUGUUGAAAAAUGUUCUGAAGUUUGUGGUUGUAAUGUGGCAACUUUAGACGGUGUAAGAUUUAAGUUGCAUUCAUUUCACAUUAAAUUCAACUCAGCCGGCUCUUUUGACACGGGCCGCUUUCCAAGCUACACCUCGGCCGCCCUUUGUAUCCAAAUGACCAUUUACAGCGACAUAAGUGCCUGAAAACAUCUGCGAAAAGGCCUGACAGCAGCCAAAGACUGUCAUUCUUGAUCAGACUCGCAUUUAAUCCAUCUGGCGAUGCACACUGAAGAAAGACUCGGUGUCCCUGUUAUCAUGUGGACCUCUUAGAUCAUUAGUAUGGGAACUUUACUGUCCCAUAUGAAAGGAACUGAGGCAAAACCCAAGAUCGAACAGAUUGUGUGUAUAAACACACAACUUUACGUCUGCGGCAUUGUUGCACAUCUAUUGUUAAAAAUACAAUUAAUCUGCAAAUGUGUUUUAUCCUAUCCACAAAACUUAGUGCUGCAAUAUGCAAACACCUCAUUGCGUCAAGCACCAACAGAUAGCUCAAAUAAACUUUCUCCAAUUUCCUCUUCAACCUCACUUUUUUUUUCUUUCUUUAAAAAAAAUAGUAAACAAACUAUAAUUCAUGAGGUUUUAUUGAAAGGCAAGAUCUUCUAAGCUUCUGCCUAUAUUUCACCUGUUUUGAAACUGGCAUGACCAGGUGAAAACCAUCUUUUUCCGUUUUCCUCUGCAGUGGGGUACAGCGUUUCGCCGUGAUGGGAGACGAGGCUGUAUGCAAACUAAUCAACGUCAUAAAAUCGGUUUGUGUCUGACUCCUUAAAACAUGCGCGGCUUGAAAGGCGUGAGGAGCAGCAGAGUAGGACCAAAGUAGAAAGCGUAGAAGAGAUUCACACUAGGAGUUGUAAGGCGGGUAAGAGAGUGCGUCUACAGAUAUAUAUUUCACAAGAAAACAGCUGUAAGAUGUUGCAUGAACCCUUAUCCUCACUCUCUUUCCCUUCAAGCUUUUCCCCUGUUUCUCUGCCUGCCACAGCACGGAUUCCUCCAAAAUGGUUACCAAACUUAAAAGGAGGAGGGGGGGGAAAAAACUACUACUUCAAUUUUUUUUUUAAAUCUCUGAAUUAAAGGUGACUAAGGGAAACACUGCUUCACUAACUCAUAUGGGUCCUGUUUUAUCUCACUUUGCUCAAGUUACACUUCCCCUCUGCUUUUUCACUGCUUUUUCUAUUUUUCUUUUUGUAAUAAAAUCUAUAUUUCCUGUUUAGAUUGUCGCUGAACUUCUCUGUGAUAUCAAAACGAAAGAAAAUGUACAAAAAAAUAAUUUACACCAAGUGUCUUAAAAUAUUGUAUCGCCAUCGUUUUUAAUGCCAAGUACUUGUAAAUGUUUGUGCAUCAAAUGUGGCCUCAAAUGAAACUGAACUAUAUUAUUAUUAUUACUAUUAUUUAAACAGUUAUUUUUAACAAGUGCUGUAGACCACUGCUGUGAAAGUAGUUGAUUCUGUUCAUUGAUAUGUAAUAAAUAUUUAUGGAAUUUCAA